AGGUGAUGUCAUGGUGAGAGCGAGCAGUGGUGCUGAUGUGGAGAGAAGCCCAGGGUACCACUAAUUGAGGGAGUGGGGAAGGAAGCAGCUCGCCCGAACGGGAUUGCAGAUUUGUGACAGCACCUGAGCUGGUGACAGAUCUACUCUGUGACUUUCAGCCAGAUUCAGCCCUCACAUUCCAGAAAACAUGACUCUUGCUGCCUACAAAGAGAAGAUGAAGGAGCUCCCACUUGUGUCCUUGUUCUGCUCCUGUUUUCUGGCUGAUCCUCUGAAUAAAUCAUCCUAUAAAUAUGAAGGCUGGUGUGGGAGACAGUGUAGGAGGAAAGAUCAAAGCCAGCGGAAAGACAGUGCUGACUGGAGAGAAAGAAGAGAGCAGGCAGACACAGUGGACCUGAACUGGUGUGUAAUUUCUGACAUGGAAGUCAUUGAGCUGAACAAAUGUACCUCGGGCCAAUCCUUUGAAGUCAUCUUGAAGCCACCUUCCUUUGAUGGGGUUCCUGAGUUCAAUGCCUCCCUACCCAGGCGGCGAGACCCAUCACUGGAAGAGAUCCAGAAGAAACUAGAAGCAGCUGAGGAACGAAGGAAGUACCAAGAAGCGGAGCUCCUGAAACACCUAGCAGAGAAACGAGAACAUGAGCGGGAGGUGAUCCAAAAAGCCAUUGAGGAAAACAACAAUUUCAUCAAGAUGGCUAAGGAAAAACUGGCCCAGAAGAUGGAAUCCAAUAAGGAGAACCGGGAGGCCCAUCUUGCCGCCAUGUUGGAACGGCUGCAAGAGAAGGAGCCGCCUGCUGCGCGGUGACUCCAGGGACCCGAUCGGUGGCCUCGUCCCAUGGACAAGCACGCAGAGGAGGUGCGGAAAAACAAGGAGCUGAAGGAAGAGGCCUCCAGGUAAAGCCCAGAGGCCAAAGAAGUUUCCAGAACAGCCGGACAGCUCCAGCAGCUCCGCAGUUCCCGAGGCAGCCUCGUCCGCCGCGGGCUGCUCUCCCAGCACUGGGGUUUGGGGGGAGGGGGGUGGCCAGGGGUGUUUCCUCUGCUUUCGGUGUUUGUACCUGUAAAGAAUUGACCAGUGAAGCCAUCCUAUUUGUUUCCGGGGAACAAUGAUGGGGUGGGAGAGGGGAGAGAAGGAGAGAAUUUGGAAAGGAAGAUGGAGAAGAACUCACGGACAUUGCAACCCUGCCCACCGCAGACUCAGGUCAAGUCGUAGGCUUUUCUUCGUGGUGAAUGUCCAGGCACCAUGUUGAGGGAGGCUGCAAACGGGGCGGAGUCCGGGGUGGGGCAGCGGCCACGGGGGCCCGGCAGGCCGGAGACGCCCAGGGAGAGGGUUGGGGGGCCCGGACGUGUUGCUUCCGCCCUGCAAAAGGUGGGAUGAGGUCUGUGUGUGUGUGUAUUAACCAUCAUCUUUUGAUCAUCAUGACCAAUGAAAUAUUUACUCCA